AUGGCUCCACCAGCAAAGGCCCUUGGCAAUAUUGGCGAACUCCCCCUAGAGCUUGUGGACAUGAUUCUUCGGAAUGUUGAAGACAAAUCUGGUAGGUUAACCCACAAACAACUGCAUGAUCUGAAUGCCCUGCGAAGGACUAACCACGCCACUAACACAUUCGUUCAGGACUGGAUCAUCCGUGAGGUAAAGAAGAUCAAAAAAUACCCCAGCCAUACAGCGGCACUCGAAGCUCUGAGCAAUGCUCAACAAAAGGCGAUUGAGCCUCCAGGAAGCCAGCCUGUGUCGACGGAAUUUGCACCAUUCUGGAGGUCCCCAGCGGCCUAA